AUGCUAGAAGGCCUUGUCGCGAACCUGUUAAACAGGUUUCUGGGCAUGUACGUCAAAAAUUUUGAUGCCGGACAGCUCAAUGUUGGGAUAUGGUCGGGCGAUGUGACGCUACGAAACCUUGAACUGCGGCGGGAAGCCCUCGACCAGCUCCGUCUUCCAUUAAAUGUUGUCGAAGGCUAUCUUGGAGAACUUACUUUGUCAAUACCUUGGUCAAAUUUGAGGGGCCAGCCGGUGAGAGUCCUCAUACAAGACGUCUUCCUGCUCUCUGUACCCAAGGAGGAUGCUACCUACGACCCAGAGGAGGAAAAACGACGGCAACAUGCCAUCAAGAUGGAGAAACUCGAAAGUGCGGAAAUACUGAAGGAGCAACAAAAUACCGACGGGAUGUCCCAGGAAGAGCGAUUGAAAAACCAGAGUUUUACCCAAAGUCUGACUACCGCAAUUAUUGACAACCUGCAAGUGGAAAUUAAGAACGUGCAUUUCCGCUAUGAGGAUUCCAUUGCGUCCCCGGGACAUCCUUUCGCCUUGGGUAUCACGAUCAAGGAGCUCAGCGCUGUCAGCACGGAUGCUGAAUGGAAACCAACAUUUAUUCAGUCGACAUCCGGCACAAGCCAUAAAUUGGCUGUUCUUGAAGCCCUCGCCAUCUAUUGGAAUACCGAUGCAGAACUAUUUGGGUCAGGCACGAAAGGUUACAGCGAAGGCAUGGGCCUAGGCCGUAGUGAGUUGAUCAGUAGACUCAGGGCCGCCAUCAGCGAAGAAAACCAUCAGUUCAUGCUGAAACCUGUAAGUGGCAGAGCGGGCCUCGAGAUUGAUAAGACUGGACGGACAGAUAGACCAAGAAUCAGGGCGAGACUACUUUUUGAUGAACUUGGCUUUGUUCUCGAUGAAGAGCAGUACCGUGACGUGUUGAUGCUUGUAGAUUUAUUUCACUACUUUAUUCGGCAUCAAGAAUACAAGCAACACCAACCAAAAGUUCGGCCCAAGGAAGACCCAAGAGCCUGGCUACAGUUUGCUGCCAAUUCUGUUCUUGGCAAAAUACACGACAGGAAUCGGCGUUGGACAUGGGAUUAUAUCAAGGAACGAAGAGAUGACCGGAUCGCAUAUAUCAACCUAUUCAAAAAGAAAAAGAGAGAUGAACCUCUAUCUCCAGAAGAAACUGCAGAGCUGACCUGCCUAGAAGAGAAACUUUCCUAUGAGGAUCUCAGAUUUUGGAGGUCAUUAGCAAGGAACCAACUAAGAAAGGAAAAUGUUGGUGUUAAGAAACCUGCCAAAGCCCAAACAUGGUCCGAAUGGGUUUGGGGCAGCAAGAAGGAGGAACAAAGUACGACAAUGACUGAGGAGCAAAAACAGGAGCUGUAUGACGCAAUCGACUGGGACGAGAAGAAGGCCAUCGCUGAGAGUGUCGAGCUUCCCAAGGACUCCGUCAAGUUCCAGGUAGACUCAAGUCUUAGAACAGGCAGCUUUACUUUGAAACGGGAUCCUCAAGGAAAAGCAAACGAGGUUCUGAAACUAGUCUUCGACGGUUUCCGAGCAAAAGCGAAACAACGACCGGAUUCCUUUGUCGUAGAUAUUGACUUAGGAGGCCUUCGAUUAUAUGAUGGAACCACAGAAGGCACACUUUUUCCGCAAAUAAUUCGAGUUAAGGACAGGGUGACAGAGGCUACAGACAAAGCAAACGAAAAGAUAGAGAGUCAAGACCUUGAGUCUCGGGAGGAUGAAACGUUGGACUUGGAUGACAGUCUGUUCCAUCUUCAAUUGGAACAAAACCCUCUCGAUGGCAGUGCAGAUUCUGCAAUCAAGAUGAAACUGACGAGUAUUGAAGUUAUUUACAACCCCGCGGUCCUCGUUGAAGUAGUCAGGUUUUUCCGACCUCCUGAAAGACAUAUGGAAUCCAUUGGCGCCCUGCUUGAAACUGCCGGUGCCACCGUCGAGGAGAUUCGACAACAGACCCGUGCCAGUUUGGAGUUUGCACUGGAAGAGCACAAAACAAUCAAUGCGCAAUUCGAUAUCCAAGCACCUCUCAUCAUAGUUCCUGAAAGUAUUGACAAGGAGAGCACUGUAUGUUUGAUCGUUGACGCUGGUCAUGUCAGUGUAACUAGCGAAUUGGUAUCUAAGGACAUGAUUAGAGACUCUCAAGGAAAACAAAAGAGAGAGUUUAGUGAACAAGACUACAAGCAACUGGAAAGUUUGAUGUACGACAGGUUUCUCCUAAAGCUCGACUCCACUCAAGUCCUUAUCGGUCCUGGAAUUGAGGCCACUAAAGCACAACUAGCCUCUGGUGUCGCUUCGAGAAAUUUCCAUAUCAUCGACCGAAUAAGUAUGAAUUUCAUGCUUGAAUUGUGCAUUGUUCCGAAAUCUACUGAACUUACGCGGACGCGAGUCUCAGGUCACUUGCAAGAAUUGCAUGCCUCGAUGUCAGACACGAAGUACAAAAAUCUCAUGAGGUUGAUUGACAUUGCGAUUCCUCAGAUUGAUGAUGAUCUUCAAGAUAGCUCUAAAUCACUAGGACCCUCGAGGGAAAGGUCUGGGACAGAUGCCUCUGCCAGAAGACCCAGAUCAUCGUCAUUUCAACUGCUCAGCCUACCGGAGAUCGCUCUUGAUGAAGCUGAUUCAGAUGCCGAAGAGUCUCGGGGUCACAUUAGUGAACCGGGGUCUAAAAAACAACCUACAAAUAUCCACAAACGAACAUUUGAAUUCAAAUUUACUGUUGAUACACUUCGCGGAUCGCUUUAUCGCUCUGACCCUCACGAUGAGAGCGCUGAUAGGUUGCUGGUAGAACUAGUUGCGAAUCAUUUCCAGCUGGACUACUACCUUCGCCGAUAUGAUAUGGUCGCAGAAAUUAUCCUGAAGUCUCUUAGCGUCGACGAUUAUAUCGAGGAUUCACCAGCCCCAGAAUUUAAGCAAAUAAUCUCUUCCAAAGGUUUUGACGCAAAUGAAGAAAGAGAUCUGUUCAACCUGAGGUUCGUUCGUGUGAAUGCGAACUCUCCAGAGUUUAUAUCGACCUAUGAUUCAACAGAAAUGAAUUUGGACCUUGCAAUAUCCACGAUAAACCUUGUCGUCACGAGGAAAACUCUUCUAACUCUGUUGGACUUCAUCCUUAUAACAUUCACGAACCCGGACAACAAUAGCAUUAACCCUCACAGUAGCCACGAACAAGCCCAAGCAGUCACACCGUUACUGGAACAUCCUGAGGAGGGACAACAGCAACCUGGUGCUGGGAAAAUCCGCAUCAAAUCGAAACUGGAAAGAAUUUCUCUUAUCCUCAAUGAUGAUGGAGUCAGGCUUGCUACUCUUAGCUUAAAUACUGCUGACGUUGGCAUCGUUUUAAUUGGCCCAUCAAUGAGAAUUGAAGCGCGGAUGGGUAGCUUGACUCUUUUUGAUAAUAUGAAUGGCUCACACUCGGCAGUUCGGAGGUUAAUGAGUAUCGAAGGAGACGACUUUGCAGAUUUCAAAUACCAGACAUUCGAUCCCGAGUCCGAAGAUUAUCCUGGAUAUAACUCUGAAGUAUUUUUGCGAUCUGGCUCGAUUAAAAUUAAUUUUAUCCAGGGCCCUUAUCAGAGAAUCAUCAAUUUCUUAGUUAAAUUUGGAAAAAUGCAAGCUAUUUUUAAUGCUGCGCGCCAGGCUGCAGCGAACCAAGCGAACCAGAUCCAGGAGAACGCUUCCCUCAUGCGCUUCGAUGUUGUGGUUAAGACACCCAUCCUCGUAUUCCCUCGGAUUACUGAAGAAAACCGACCAAGGGAUUUCGUGACUGCACAUUUGGGAGAAAUUUAUGCCAACAAUAAGUUCAGCCCGCUUGAUGAUGAAAGGAAUAGCCCAAGUGUCAACGUAAUUUCAGCCGGAGUUCGCCAUAUUCGAUUGACUUCAAACUUUUGGUAUGAGGACGAUUAUUGCGAAGAAUUGCAGAUGAUUGAGAAAGUGGACCUCGAUUUUACCAUACUUUAUCUCGACCACCAGGCUGGUAUACCUCGCCCGGACAUUGAAGUUGAUGGGUCCAUGUCUCCUAUCAAUCUCAGAAUAUCUCAACCACAGCUUAAAUUUUUACUGGAGUUGUCACAGACUAUCCCGGCUGCGCUACUGCCAGAUCAGGAUGUCCAGGAAGCAAAGGCACCUGAAACACUGGCUUCCACCACGGUGCCUGCAUUGCCAGGCACACCUAGACCGAGUGAGGAUUUGACCCCGGUGCAGUCACAUCCAUACAGCAAUAGUGAAGUUGAGUCAGAACCAUGGAUACGACUUGAUAUGGCAUUCCAGGUUGAAACAAUUGGUCUCGAGUUAAUUCUGGCGAAAGACCGCCAACCAGUUGGACCAUUAGAUGAAGCAAGCUUGUCUAAGUUUUUCUUGAACAAUACAAAUAUCAAGCUCCGAAUGUUGAGUGAUGGUGCCCUUGAAUCGGAACUCCUGGUCCACUCAUUCAAUAUCCGUGACAGUCGAACCAAAGAAACGAAUCGCUUCCGCAAAAUUAUGUCUUUGAUCAAUACAGAUGUCCAGCAGCAGUUUAUGGCCAGCAUAUCAAUUUCCGGAGGUGAAGAAAAGCACCUUAUCGUUAUGCUUACUAUUGAUAGCCCGAGAGUCAUAUUGGCCCUGGAUUAUCUUUUCGCGCUGCAAUCCUUUGCAGCCGCAGCUUUUGCGAACGACGAGGAAUCUGCAACCGAUGAGGAUGAAGAGGAGGGGGAGACACAAUCAGAAUUUCCUUCGCUCGGUUCCCCUGCGAAAACUUCGCCAUCCGCGUCUGCCAACGGUUCUAAAAACGAGAUGACAUUUUCUUUCAGGGUCAACAUUGUUGAUGCGCAAAUGAUUCUAGUGGCUAAUCCGGCAAUAACAAAUACUGAAGCCAUAGUUUUGGGUUCGAAGCAAAUACUUUAUUCUCAGCAGAAUGCCUCCACGCUGGAAAUGACCCAAGUCGGCAUGUUCCUCUGUCGCAUGGACAAAUUUGAGACCAGCCGGCUUCGACUGCUCGAUGACUUUGCAAUUGCUCUUUCCAUGGAUAUCCGGCCCAAAGGAAAAUGCUCUUCAAUGACAAGAAUCGAUGUACAUAUUGACCCUCUAGUACUCCGGUUAUCACUCAGAGAUAUUCUCCUUGCUGUUCAAAUUAUGAACAAGGCGUCUGAAAUGGGGGCUCAACACUCGGAGGAAAUCAAAGAUCAAAAGUCUACAAAGCCCUCUCGAAAACGAUCUGCUGGAGGUAGACGCUCAUUUUCCCACUCUCUAAGCGCUCCUUCACGUCAAAUACCCGUUGUAGAUAUAAGACCUGCAAAAAUCCAACAAUCAAUGGUAAUGAAAAGAGAGGAAAUGACCGCACAGGUUGAUGGCAUCAGGGUUAUUCUAAUCGGGGACUUGCACGAGCUUCCGCUUCUUGACUGGAGUGUUAAACAAUUCAAAGUUGACAUUCGAGACUGGUCUACCAACAUGAGUGCAGAUUCUUCAGUCGACACCUUCCUCAACGUGUUCAACUUUUCGAAAUCGGCUUGGGAGCCACUAAUUGAGCCGUGGAAAUUCGGAUUCCACAUGUCGAAAGAAAUAAAUCCAGAUAUACUAUCCAUUGAAGCCUUUUCACAUAAAAACAUGGAACUCACGAUCACAUCUGCGACUAUUGCCUUGGCGUCAAAAUCUUUCCAGUUUUUGUCGACUGAGGAAGACGUCCUAUCGAAACCCCGGGGAGCUGAUGCGCCGUAUAGAUUACACAAUUACACAGGGUUUGACCUGAGAGUGUGGGCUGAUGUUGGCAAAAAUGGAGAAGGGCCUGCCGAAAUGCUGAGUGACGGUGAAGAGCGUCCCUGGAUAUUUGAAGAUGCGACUGUGAUGCGGGAAAAUCUCUCACCGGAAAGUAAUGCUGGCAUCGUAGGCAUAAAGCUGGAGGGUAGUGGAUUUGAUGCAAUUAACAGGAUUCCCGUUAUACGAGAAGGCGAAACGCUAUAUAACUUGAAGCCAAAGAAAGAAAAGGUCCUUCACAAGCUCCUUGUUGAAGUUAUACUCGGAGCGGACAACGUUAAACAUAUCACGUUCCGUUCGCCGUUACUCGUCGAGAAUAAAACGCAAAUUCCAGUGGAGCUGGGCGUAUUCAGUCCUGAGGAUGGUCACCUCCUCAAGAUUGAGAAGAUACUGCCUGGAGAUGCUCGACCUGCACCUGUAGGAGCUGCUUACAUGCAUUCUUUAGUGGUUCGACCCGACCAGGGAUUCGGGUAUGACUGGUCGAACGAGAGGCUUUUCUGGAGAUCUCUACUGAAAAGGCCUACCAGAACACUAAUGUGCAACAGCGAAAACGGACAGCAGGCGCCACCAUUCUAUUUUCAAAUGAGCGCAAAUUUUGAUGUUAAGGAUCCUAUUCUGAAUGUUUACCCUUAUAUGCGAAUCCGAGUUUCUGCCCCCAUUGAGAUUCAGAAUCUUCUCCCAUACGACUUCAAGUACCGUAUCUAUGACAAGAAUAAUCGGAAAGAUUGGACAAACUUUCUUCGAAAAGGCGGUAUUAGCCCCGUACACGUCGUUGAACUAUCCCACCUAUUGCUCCUCAGCAUCGAUAUGCAAGACACGAUGUUUAGACAUUGCGAAUUUGCUAUAAUAAACGGAAAUUCCCAGGAAGACUUCCGGAGAGAGUCCACACUUACAGUCCAAGAUGACCUUGGUACGGAAUUAAGGCUUGGGCUGCAUUAUUUUACUGUUCCGGAUAGUGGAGGAGCCUUCAAAGUUUCGAUCUUUAGCCCUUAUCUGAUAUUAAAUAAGACGGGAUUGGAUCUUAACCUCCAAAGCAAGAGCCUUUUCCAGUCAACCAAAACUCCUGGUCAAGCUAUAAGGACAGAUGGGCGCAGUGGCGUCAGGAGAGCUUUGCCAUACAUGUACUCAUAUCCUACGACGGAUCGCAAAAACAGGUCCAUUCUACGGGUAGAAGGUUCUUCCUGGAGCAAGCCUCAAAGUUUUGAAGCCAUAGGGAGUAAGUUUGAGACCGUUCUACCUGCGUCAAACGGAAGAUCCGAGUACCAUGCUGGCAUAUCAGUUGAGGAAGGCGAGGGAAAAUACAAACUUACGAAAGUGGUCACUGUUGCUCCUCGUUUCAUCCUGAACAACAAGCUGAAUGAAGACCUUAUUGCUCGUGAACCGGGUUCCUCAACUGUGAUCAGUCUCCGAACCGGUGAUCUAGUUCCACUCCAUUUCUUGCGAAAUGCUCCCCAAAAGCAGCUCUGCUUAUGUUUCCCUGGUGUAAAUAACCAGUGGUCUUCUCCGUUUAACAUAUCGGACUUGGGAGCUAUCCAUGUCAAGCUUGCCAAAGUGAACCAGCGCCAAAAACUUCUACGAAUAGAAAUUCUCAUGGAAGCAGCCACAAUAUACCUCCAUAUUACUAACGAAACUUUGCAUUGGCCUUUCUCAAUGCGCAAUGAAAGCGACACCGAAUUUAUGUUUUCCCAAGCUAAUCCAAAUAUAGAGGAGGACGAUGACUAUCAAGAACCCGGCUGGCGUCCAAUCAGGUACCGGCUUCCCCCUAGAAGCAUCAUGCCUUAUGCAUGGGACUAUCCAGCUGCCAAAAACAAAUCCCUUGUUCUGCUUUGUCGUGGUAAGGAGAGACAUAUCAAACUAGCUGAGAUUGGAAACUUGAUUCCAAUGAAAGUUCCGCCCACCGAAGAGCACGGCCCACCAAAGAUCAUUGACCUCAAUAUCUCGGCUGAGGGACCAACGCAAACGCUUAUUCUGUCAAACUAUAAGCCUUCCAAGAGCAUGUACCUCCAGCACCAUGCUGUAUCCUCUCCUACCAGUGUCUCCUCUGGUUUUGAAGUGAAAGAUAUCAAGUCUGAUGUCAACUUUAGAUCUCAGCUUCGAUUGGGUGGUAUUGGAAUAUCCUUGAUCAACCAGAAACUUAAGGAGCUAGUUUACUUAACCUUCCGGGAUAUUGAAUUCAAAUUCAGCGAAUCAAAACUCUACCAAACCAUCGAUACGACAAUAAAAUGGAUCCAGGUUGACAACCAACUUUACGGUGGUAUCUUUCCGAUGCUGCUCUAUCCGAGUGUUGUGCAGAAAACGGGAAAAGAGAUGGAAGCACAUCCUAUCUUCCAUGCUAAAAUCACCCGUGUUAAAGACGAUUCGUACGGCGUCUUAUAUAUCAAAUACGCCACACUCCUUUUGCAACAAAUGACUUUAGAGCUUGACGAGGAUUUCAUUUUUGCGAUGUUGGAUUUUGUGAAAGUGCCUGGUGCGUCAUGGUCUGAAGAGAAAGAAGGAAGACUUUGUGAUGAAGAUCUAGAUAUCCCAGAGCCACAGUACGAGGAACAUGGCAAAGACGUUUAUUUUGAGGUAUUACAUCUCCAACCUAUGCAAUUAGAUCUUUCUUUCGUGCGCACUGAGCGAGUGAAUGUCGAGGACACCAUGGAGCCAUCUAAUCCAAUCAUGUUUUUCAUCAACGUCCUGACAAUGUCUAUGGGAAAUGUCAAUGAUGCUCCGGUCCGUCUAAACGCAUUGAUGUUGGAAAACGCCAGGGUAUCGAUUCCUAUGUUGCUUUCCAGUGUCACAAACCAUUACACUCAAGAAUUCCUCCGCCAAAUCCACGUCGUCAUUGGUUCGGCAGAUUUCUUAGGAAACCCCGUUGGCCUGUUUAAUACAGUAAGCUCAGGUUUCGUUGACAUCUUUUAUGAGCCGUAUCAAGGGCUCGUGAUGUCGGACCGACCACAGGAACUAGGCAUUGGAAUUGCAAAAGGCGCUACAAGUUUCGUCAAAAAGUCCGUUUUUGGGUUCUCGGAUAGUAUGGCAAAGUUCACCGGAAGUUUGUCAAAGGGCCUGGCGGCAGCCACUCUGGACAAAGAAUUCCAAGAUCAACGAAGAAUGGCGAGGGCACGCAACCGGCCUAAGCAUGCAUUAUAUGGAGUCACCUCCGGCGGAAAUGCAUUUGCUCAAAGUAUGGCCAGUGGUAUCGGUGGUCUAGCACGACAUCCUUUGGAAGGUGCUGAAAGGGAAGGAUUCCAAGGUUUCGUGAAAGGGGUGGGAAAGGGCGUUUUGGGUCUUGCGACCAAGCCAGCUCUAGGUGCUUUCGAUCUCGCCUCCAACCUCGCCGAAGGAGUUAGAAACACCACCACGGUUUUCGACUCUGGUGGAUUGGACCGUGUCCGCCUCACCCGCUUCAUUGGCAUGGAUGGCAUCGUCCGGCCCUACUCACAGCGCGAAGCGCUAGGCCAGUUCUGGCUUAAGACCACAGACGAUGGCAAAUACUUCAACGACGACUAUAUUGCGCAUUUCGAGUUCCCGGGCAAGGACAUGCUGAUCAUGCUCACGUAUAAUCGCAUUAUGCUCGUUCGGUCCAAGCGGCUGACUACAGAGUGGGACAUUAAGCUAACCGAUAUCCAAACCAUUUCCAAAGAGCGAACGGGAAUGAGUAUCACUCUCAAGGGUGGUGCAAACGGCCCAUUCAUACCCGUACAGGACGAGAGUGCAAGAAAUUGGCUAUACAAACAGAUUGCGAUUGCUGUAAAUGCAUUCAAUGAAAAAUACAGUGCAAAGGGGUAA